AUGUUUGCAGCACUAUCAAAAGCAUCCAAAAUUUCAAAACUUGCUACAACUUUUAAUAAUACUUUAAGAUUCUCUUCAAAUACAGUAACUGGACAUGUUAUUGGAAUUGAUCUUGGAACGACAAAUUCUUGUGUUGCUGUAAUGGAAGGAAAAUCUCCUAAAGUUAUUGAGAAUGCCGAAGGAGUUAGGACAACACCUUCAGUUGUUGCUUUCACUAAAGAAGGAGAAAGACUUGUUGGAGCCCCCGCCAAACGUCAAGCUGUAAAUAAUUCACAAAAUACUCUUUACGCUACUAAACGUCUUAUUGGUAGAAGAUUCGAUGACCCAGAAGUUCAAAAGGAUAUCAAAGUUGUACCUUUUAAAAUUGUUAAAGCUAAAAAUGGAGAUGCUUGGCUUGAAGCUCAUGGAAAAAUGUAUUCACCAUCUCAAGUUGGAGCUUUUGUUCUUACCAAAAUGAAGGAAACUGCUGAAAAUUAUCUUGGAACAUCAGUAAAACAUGCCGUAGUUACAGUACCAGCUUAUUUUAAUGAUUCACAAAGACAAGCAACUAAGGAUGCCGGAACAAUUGCUGGAUUGAAUGUUCUUCGUGUUAUCAAUGAACCAACAGCUGCCGCUUUAGCUUAUGGUUUGGAAAAGUCUGACGACAAAGUUAUUGCUGUAUAUGAUCUUGGUGGUGGUACAUUUGAUGUAUCAAUUCUUGAAUUACAAAAAGGAAUUUUUGAAGUCAAAUCAACUAAUGGUGAUACAUUCUUAGGAGGAGAAGAUUUUGAUAAUUAUCUUGUAAACUAUCUUGUUUCUGAAUUCAAAAAAGAACAAGGUGUUGAUCUCACAAAAGACCCAAUGGCAAUGCAAAGACUUCGUGAAGCUGGAGAGAAAGCCAAAUGUGAAUUGUCAUCAACAACUCAAACAGACAUAAAUUUACCAUAUAUCACUAUGGAUUCUAGUGGUCCAAAACACAUGAAUCUUAAACUUACUCGUGCUAAGUUUGAAUCUCUCGUAGCUGAUCUUAUCAAAAGAACAGUUGAACCAUGUAAAAAAGCUAUGCAUGAUGCUGAAGUUAAGCCAUCAGAUAUUGGUGAUGUCAUUCUUGUUGGAGGUAUGUCAAGAAUGCCAAAAGUUCAAUCUACUGUUCAAGAAAUAUUUGGAAAGAAACCAUCUAAAUCUGUCAAUCCAGAUGAGGCUGUUGCUAUGGGAGCUGCUAUCCAAGGAGCUGUUUUAACUGGUGAGGUUAAAGAUGUUCUUCUUCUUGAUGUCACACCACUUUCUCUUGGUAUUGAAACACUUGGAGGUGUUUUUACUAAAUUAAUUCCAAGAAAUACAACAAUUCCUGUCAAUAAAUCACAAGUAUUUUCAACAGCUGCUGAUGGGCAAACUGCUGUAGAAAUUAAAGUUCAUCAAGGAGAACGUGAAAUGGCUGCUGAUAAUAAACUUCUUGGUCAAUUUUCACUUACAGGUUUUCCACCAGCACCACGUGGUGUUCCACAAAUUGAAGUUACCUUUGAUAUUGAUGCAAAUGGUAUUGUUAAAGUUUCAGCAACUGACAAAGCUACAGGAAAAGAACAACAAAUUGUUAUUCAAUCAUCUGGAGGUUUAUCUAAAGACCAAAUUGAAAAUAUGAUUAGAGAAGCUGAAGCUAAUGCUGCUAAGGAUGCUGAGAAGAGAGAACUCAUAGAAGCUAAAAAUCAAGCUGAAGGUAUUAUUCAUGAUACAGAAUCUAAGAUGACUGAGUAUGCUGACCAAUUACCAAGUGAACAAGUUGAAAGUCUUAAGAAAAAGAUUGCUGAUGUAAAAGAACUUCUUGCCAAGACUGAAGGAGUCUCACCAUCACAAUUAAAGGAAGCUGUCAGUGGUAUGCAAAAAGACUCAUUAAGUUUAUUUGAGGCUGCUUAUAAAAAAAUGGCCAGUGCUAAUGCUUCAUCAUCUACUACUACUGAGGAGAAGAAGGAAGAAUCUAAGAAAGAAGAAAAAUAA